AAUACGUAAUGAUGAUCCAACGAUAUGACCAGCGGCCCUGGAGGAGGCGGAGGGAGUGGGCAGCCGGCGCACAGUAGUGCAGCGGCAACAACAGUGAGCAGCAACAGCAGAUGCAACACACCAUCGACAGCAGCAGCAACAUCUUCAACGGCAACAGCAUCCUCCGGAGGAGGAGCAUUGCAGCGUCGCAUACUGCGCGGUCAUGCAGCGCAGACAACCAGCGGCGAACGUGUUCUGCUCAUCAACUACGUGCCCCAGUCGGGAUCCCAAACGGGAUCGGGAGCAGCAUCCACAUCGGCUGGCUCAAACCAAAGCACGUCCCAAUUGCCCACUCGUAAAGUUCUCCAGGCCAGAGCCACGGCAGGAACAGCAGCGGCAGCAUCAGCUGGGGGAGGAGUAAGUGCAUCCCCCUCGACUGUUUCUGGAACAUCCACAUCCACGCCAGCUGUCUCUUUUGCCGGUUUGGGCUCUGAGGUGACGGUUACGUUGACGCGAACCAACCAGCGCGCCAGCGUCACCAGUGUCACCGCCGCUGGUCAUAUUGUACGGAACCAACAAUCAGCUUAUCACCACACAACGACCACCGCCACAUCAUCGACAUCGACCAGCACGACAGCCAUGCACGAGCCGAUCCAGCACAUAGCAACGCCAACGACGCCACCACCACUCGUUUUCACUCAUCAUCCGCAUCACAUCCACUACCAUCAGGAGGAUCAGCUGGUGGAUCAUCAUCAGCUGGAACAGGAGCAGAUGAAUAUCGAUCACAAUCAGCAGACGGAGGCUGAUCAGUUGAUCGAGUACGAUGGUGGGGGAAUCGAAGAUCAGCAUCAUCAGUUGCAAUUGCAGGACGAUCUCCACGAUCCGCAGCAACAGCAGCAACAUGAAGUUGUCCAAGAGGUUUAUCUCCAGUAAAUUACAUAAUAAUUACAAAUUACAUAUAAUAUGCAUACAUAUAGAAUAUAUAAGUCUAUAAUUAUAUAAUAAAGUUUUAGCCAUUGUGAACUCUUAAAA